AAAUGAGCAAGCUAUAUUCAUCUUUAAGGUGCAGUCAGAUGCGGAAUAUAUGAAAACCAUCGUUCUUAAUCAGCAACAGGUGGAGCCUGAUACCCCGACUUCUCCAAACUGAGCUGCCGGCGAAGCAGACGGACAAGAUAGGACUGGGACCAGCAGUCGGUGGCACAGAUCUGGGACGCAGUAGAUCGGGGAGGGACGAUACAGGGGAAGAAGAAGAAGAAGAAGGAGGAUUUUGGGGAGCGUUUCGUUCGGCUGAUUCAUUUUUACGAAGCGGCCACACACGACAGAGCCUCAAACAAGAUGAAUUCUUUCAUCCUACUGUCGCUUUUUGCCACGAUUGUCGCUGGAAAGUCACCUCGGCUGAAAUUUGUUGUGCACGAACCUUCCAGGUUCCACUUCAACAAACCUGAGAACUACAUCAGCAUGUACCACCAGGAAGGGAGCGACACGCUAUAUGUGGGCGGCCAGGCAAUGAUCUACAUAGUGCAAUUCACCAACAGAGGGGUCCGUGACCUGCAGAUCCCAGCGGCAUCUGAUCAGACUGCAAUUGAUACCUGCAAGGCAAAGGCUGCACCACUCGAGCUGGAAUGUGAUAAUUUCAUCACAGUCAUUCAGAAAGUAAAUGACACAUUCAUAGUAUGUGGGACCAACGCUGGAAGCCCCAGAUGCUGGAUGCUGGUAAAUGACACUGUGCUGACUGACGUCCAGGGCAAUGGGCAGAUCGCAUCGGCCUCCGACAUCUCACCGCCCUACCCUUCCCAGAGGUCCAUCAGCUUGCCUACAGAUGGGAGUCUGUAUUCCGCUAUGUCGUCGGUGGGAGGUCAUGCCGGCUCGAUCCGUCGUACAUUUGGCUCCCAGAAACUCCUGAAGACCGAGAACGUUUGGCUGCUGAAUCCGCAGUUUGCCGGUGCGGCCAUAAUCCCGUCUUCGCUAAAGUUCAAGGAGGAGAUCUACUUCUUCUUCAGCGAAAUCAACAAGACAGCCAGAGUGGACGAGGAGCCUUACAGAGCCCGCAUCGGUCGAAUCUGCACGGUGGAUGAAGGGGGCAUUAAAGCCCUGCUGGCGGACUCAUGGACCACCUUCAUGAAGGCUCGGGUGAUGUGCGGCGCAGGAAACACUCAGCAGCAGUACAACAACAUGAAGCAGGCGGUGGUGCUGACAGCUCAGGACAAGAGAGCCGGGGUCAUGUACGGCCUGUUUUCCAACGCAUGGGGCAGAACAGUGAUCUGUGCCUACUCCAUCGAAGAUAUUGACCAAGCCUUCUCCACAUCUAAACUGAAGGGCUACAGCAGUCCGUUCAUUGGCAGUCGCCCUGGGAUGUGUGUCCGUAAAAACUCGACGGCAGGAGGUCACAAUGACAUCAAAAACCUUGGGGUGAUCAGAUACCACCCAGAAAUUGAGGAUGUGAUCCGACCCGUCGGUGUGGCUCCGCUCGACCUCCCCACAGACGACCAAAUCACACACACUGUGGCAGACAUCGUCCUGGCCGUCAACGACGAGCACUACAGCGUCCUGUACCUCGGAACAGAGCAAGGAAAAGUUCUCAAAGUUCUUCACACCAGCGAGGGAGUCUUCAUCAUAUCUCAGUACUCGAUGUUUCACAAUGAGGGUCCUGUUCUAAACAUGGCUAUCGACUCCCAAAAGGGACACCUGUAUGUUGCUACAGCGAUGGAGGUCCAGCGACUGCCCCUGGCUGACUGCGGUCGCUAUGGCGACACAUGCAGGGAGUGCAUCCUUUCUCGGGAUCCGUAUUGCGGCUGGGACAGGGCCAGGAGGAAGUGCAUUGCCAUCCCGCCUGGAUACAACGUCACGACUGGGGCACUCAUUCAGAAUCUGGACCAUUCAAACUCCUCAGUUUGCGGGGAAGCUGCUGCGCUGAAGCUGCGUCGAACUUCCCCCAGAGAGGUGAUGGUGCAGUCCAACACCUCCAUCUUUCUCCCCUGCCCGGUGCACUCCUUCCACGCCACCUACCGCUGGGAGAAAGACAACUGCGCCAAGAACUACCCGUGCCUCUUCUCCGGGGACUUCUGCGUCCUGGGGCCGGUCGUUGACACGCCUCUCAAGGAAGGCGUUUUCCGCUGCAUGGCCACCGAGGACGGAUUCAAGGUGGAGGUUAUCUCUUUUAGGCUGGUGAACGACGGCAGGCUCUUGGCCGCCUCCCUGGCCUCCACCUUGGGGCCGUCGCUCCUGCUCGCUGUGGCUACCCUGUGGCUUCAUUAACUGCAGCUAACGCUAAUGCUAACCCCUCAUCCUUACUGGCUCCCAAUGACAAGGAGCGGCUGUUAGGAGGUUAGGUUCGCAGAGCAUUGAAGUACAUGGUUGGGUUGUAUGGUGUAAAUUCACCUUAUUCCAUAUUAAUUUUUAGAAGAAAAACUCCAGAAAACAUCAGAAUGAGUGAUUAAAUUCAUUGUUUUUUUUAGCAUAAAACAACACAUCUGCAGCUGCAGCUUUCUUAAAUGAGAACAAAACUGGAAAAAACAUACAUUAACAUUCAAAACUAAAGUGACUAGGAGUUACUGUCCAUGAAUUGACAUGUCUUGCAAGUUCAAACUAGAUUCAACCAUGAUGAGGUGCUUUGCGAACCUUUCUUCUCUGACUCAGAAAGAUAUACAUAUCCUAUGAGUUGGGCAAAAAAAACAAAAAAACACCAAUACCAGGCCAAUUCUUUUUACCAUUUCUUUACUUAUUUUGACUUAAUUGUGCUUAUUUGUGAAUAUGUAAACCUUUAAUACCGCUCUUACAUCCUAUCAUUCAUCUUGUUAAACAUUGGUAUAGCUCAUUAGUACUUAGAAAAAAAUGUCUGGUAUUGAAAUUUAAAAAGCCUUAACACUUCUGGGACAUAAACUCCUAAGCACAAUUUUGCAGUCAAGGCAGAAUACUGCAGACUCGGUUGGACUUGGCGCUAUAAUUAGUGCAGCUGAGUCUAACAACAUCACAGGGAGGAAGUGUCAGCUUUUUGACAGGAAGUAGGUGGGUGGGCAAGAGCUCAUUCUCGAACAUCACUGUGUCUCAGCACCUCCUCCUCAGACGAGGCAGUUUCUUGCAUCUUUUUAUCAGAUGGUAUCAGACAUCAUUAUUACGCCUUGUUCACAGCUUUGUCCAUUGUUUUUCUUUAUACAUGCAAUCGUCCUUUCAUCCUCCCAAGAGAAUCAGGAUGUGAAAAACAUAACAUCGCCUACAACUCCUUUGGAAAAAAAAAGUUACUUAAAGUUAGCUGCAUGCAUCAAACCGCCCUCAGAAUCUUUGAACAGCAAACUCAUGAAAUAAUUAACUUCUUCUGUAUCAACCACUGCGGAAAUUUUAAUUCUGGAUGUUUUCUAUUGGGUAAUUUACUAUGGAGAGAUGAUGGUUGCAAGUUUUGUCAAACAGCUGUGAUCUUCUUGCUAAUUCUGUGUAUAUUAGUGCAAAAAUCCCAAGUGUCCAUCAGUUUUUUUCGGAAACAGAGAGCGAACAGCGACAACGGGAGAGGAGCUGCAAAUGACAUUCAAUUUCUGUCAAACCGACAAUGCGUAAAGAUGUGAACAAGGUGUUAACGCUAUAGCAAUUUCAGUGAACACAUACUUACAUUACAGUAUCAUAAGGGCAGAUGGAGCUAAAUGGAAAUGCAUAGUAGAGUUACAUUUCAUAGUUUGCCAGGAGAAAAAAAAAAAAGGCUUUUACUUAGAUCUGUGAAGUAUGUUCUGUAUUUUAUUGCUCUGCUGAUGCUGAUUUUUACCAUUGCUGCCUAUGUAUGUGACAAUUUGUCUUGAUGGUUUGGGUUUUUAUGCCAUUGUUAAGAAUGUGAUAUGUAACCAUUGACUGCUUUGCCUCUUUCCCCAGGGACAUCAGUGCAAAUAGACAAGAAAAUGGUUAUUUUUUUCCGAUCUUGUAUCUCUAUACUGUGAAACAAAAGGCUUGACAGAUUCCAACAAGAUGCUUCACUGAUGUACAGCAGCAACCACAACCAGAGGCGAGAACAGUGGCUUUCUUAGGAUCAUGCUACGAACACGUCUGCGACAACGACCUUUAAACGUUCCCCCGACGACACGAAACGUAUUAAUACUCAGAAGGUAGAUUAAAAGCUGAAUGUAAAAAGAAACAAAAGUCGUGAAUGUAGCUGCAGUUCAACAGCACUGAAAAUGCCAAAAGCACGCCGAUCCUCAUGAAUACUGAUCAGCUGACUGAAGUAGGCUUGUGUGGUGAUGAAUUAUGCAGCGGAUUAGCAUGUUCUCCAGAGCUCUGAUAAUUAUCAUUCAGUAAUGUUACAUAAAUCUGGCUGUGCUGAGCCCUCCACAGCGGCAGAAAUGUCAUUAAUAACUAAUUAGACAAUGGAGCUGGUUCGUCAUGCACUGUAUUAAAGAAUUCACACUGUCAGGGAUAAGAGCAGCGGGCUUGUUCUCAGCUGUGAAAAAGCUCAAAGCAGUGCCAUAUUUUCUCACUCAGCUUGGUUGUGUGUUGCUGCUCGGGGGAUCUGCUCGCUUGCUGCAUUGCACUGAUGCGGGCUACUGACUGUGCCAAAAAAAAUGGAAAAAAAAAAUCACAAAAACAAAGCUAUGUUGAGCCACCUUUAUCUGGCGUUUAAAUGUUUCUUCUUAUGUUCGUUCGCUUUUUACCUCGCAUUAUAUUUUUUGUACCAGACAAACCCUGAGCAUGUGUGUACACCGUCGGUCUUCCCACAACUCAAACUCACAAACACAAACCUACUGCAGGUCUAAACAUGCAUACUAAUCAUCUUUGUGUCUCUGUGUCGCCACCAGGGUGGGAAAUUAACACCAGUCACCAGCCAAGCGUUUAGUAGAGGCUGUUAAAGUCCAUGCUGCCAGACAUUGUGACAGAAAGCUAUUUAACAUACGGUACAAAGGCGCGCUCAGAGGCAUUUUCUUGUGUAACGUCCUGUAUAGCUAUAAAUGCUGUGUAAGUGUCGUUGUGGUUUGACUCAGAAAGCUGUGAUCACAAGCCAGUAUGGGAUGCUAGUGUCAUCCAAUGCUAAUUAGGCAAAAAAAUGCAUUAGCCAGUGUUACUAUUAGUUUUAAUCCUGUUACUAAUAGCUUCUUAACUGUGUCCCAAUUCCAUACUAUAUGCUAAUAGACUGUCUGUCUACAGUUUCCUAACAAGUGACCUCAUUGCUGUGGAAAUAAUACCUGCUUUCUAUAGGUCUCGGUGGAUGGUGUACAAAGCGUGUGACCUUUAGAUGGGAGACCACGAUUCACCUAUGCUACCAUGAAUGUUGGUUUCUUUUAACCAGCGACCAUGAUGUUUCACAUAGCUGAAUAGUUUUAAUCGCCUAAACCUACCUUGGCCAUGGAGAUGGCAGAUCAGAAAAUGGCCGAGAGGCAUUUUAGUCUACUUUAUAAUUCAUAUGAAUGUCAAAAUAUUAGAAACACCUCUAAGUAUACAACCCAAUACAGCUAAACAGCACCACAAACCACAGCCUCCAAAAUGACCAUAAAAUAAACAACUUUCUGAAACAGAGACAAUAAAAACUGAACAUUACCUUCAUGAAAGUAGGAUUUAAUGCAGGGCUGUAGUAUAACACUGCAUUAGUCUUAUUUAGGGUGUAACCUAAUAAACUGGCAAGUUAGUGCAAGAGCAUUAUGACAUUAAAUGUAUUCACAAUGCUAGCAUUUAUGGCGGUUGAGAACACAAGAAAGUACAAAUAAUGCAAUGCAACAAUGGAAGCUAAUGUCAAAUUUGUCAAAUACAUUUAGAUGUAUUCAUUAGUACAUCACAAAAACAAGUGAGGUACACACCAACCCACAGUAAAUCAUGGAAAAGCCUUUCAAGAAUAAGUGCCGCUACUUAUUUUUAAGGAUUACUUCCGUCACUGGAGGCGGUGAUGGAAGUUGCUCCUCCUCUCAGCUGUUACAUCAUAAACACAUUAUAGGUCAUUAUGCUAUAGUGUGAAUUUGGGACAAAGGGUUUGUUUUUUCUCGUCAGGACAGGAUGACGUGUCACAGAGUGUUUAACAUGGUUACUGAGUCGUUGCUGUGCAGAGCUGAUUGUAUUUUACCCUCUCAUGAGGAGCAGCACUGGUCCUCAGGCAGGUGGAAACACGCCUCCAUCAUUCAGCACUUUACCCAAUCGUCAUCUUCAGCUCGACAGGGCUUUGCUUUAAUAUCCGCUCUUUUUCCGGCUAAGAUUUAUAGCAUUUACCAACACGUGCUGUAAUCAAACCACAUCUCCGCUCUGUUCAAGUCCUUGCUUUGAUAUGGAUAUUCACAUGGCUGCUAUAUCAAAAUUCAGUUAUCGCUCAUGCACUUACAUCAGCUACCAUCAGCCAGUCUGAUAAAAGCUAAUCUCCUUCAAAGCAAGCUCUUGAUUUGCCUUCAGGAAACCAUUUUGGCGGAUCACGUUGUCUGCUGUAAAUGAAUCAGCGUCGAGUGAAGCAGGUCGCUGUUUUGUUUGCUCUGGGGUUUUGAGUGUCAAGUACUGUACAUGAUGUGUGCCCACAAUUCUGUGUCUUGAUAUAUCUAAUUUUAAAAGUAACAUGCCAAACUCUUAUUAUUAUUAAAAAAAAAGAGAUUUAUAUUGGUGCCAUGCCAGUCUAAUGCCAUCUCAUAACAUGUAUUUUUAAAUAACAAAUAUCUAUAGUGCAAUAGAUAUUCAUGUAACAAAUCCAUAUUGACAUGUGUUUCCCUGAACAUGUGCGGUGAAAAUUAAUAAAAUAUAAAUA